GUAAAUCAGAAUUUGAAGUUCUACCGAAUCGUGAAUGAGAUGAUCGGCAGAUGUAGAAUCAAACGAGUUGAGUAUGGUGAUGGGAUAAGUGCAUUGUCCAAGUUACAAAUCGCAGCUGGACUGAGUAUCAGAUUCACGGAUGUUGGUAUUUUCAACAUCAUAACUGGUGAACGCUUGCAUAAAGAGAUUGCAUAUGAGUUAGUCCCGGGCACACCAGAAAACUCUCACAUAGUACUUGGUGGAGUUACAAAAAUAGAUGUAGAAUACAAGUUACCAUCAACAUCAGUGUAUAGGAUUUUAAUGAGCUCUAGUGGCUAUGAUAUAAUAGUUGGAACAAAAGUGAGAAGUACAACGGACACUAUUGGGAAUGAAGGAACUGAAGCUGUGAGGAGUUCCAAAAUGCCCUUCAAGACACCAAACUACUCAAUCUUCAACAUCGGAGAUCUACCCAACAUCAUGCAUGGAGCAGUGAGCACUCUACUGGAGGAAGAGGCAAAGUUUGAAGCGAACUCAAGUGGAUGGAGUCGUCUGAUCAUUGAUGGACUCCUCAUAUGCAUAAGCAAGCUCACACUGCUAUAA